AUGGACUCUUCAUUCACUUUGUUUCCACAUCUACCCGCAGAGCUUCGCUUUAUGAUUUGGGAAGCUUGCAUUCCUCAUCGAAUUGUGCAGUUUCGGUUUCCAUGGCGAGAGCAUCCUGAAAUUAGGCCAGGCGGGACCCCGCCGUGGGGUGGUUCUUUAUUCCAGAGAACUCACUGUGGUUUCGAGUGGACUAAUAUGCAGAUUACACAACCACCAAUCAUCAGCCAGGUCUGUCGGGAGUCUCGCAUGAUCGUGCUCAAAAGUGGUGGAAUGCUCCAGGAUGUUUCCGGACAGAUUAAGCAAUGGAUUGAUACGCAACACGACAGGAUCGCCUGGUGGUGGAUCCCAGACUUCUAUCAAACCUUUUUCCCAGACAUCUAUGGGGACCUUUUGUCUUCCUUUGUCUUACAUGCUCAACGUACCAAUAUGGAGCCUGUCAUCAUGGCCCGCGGGGUUUAUCCAUUCCGCCCAACAGAUCAGGAAACAGACUACCUUACUCUUGCAGAUAUCGAGAUUGGAACGCUUUCUGAGUUAAAAAACUUUUUUCUCUGCAUUAAGGCUGUAGUAGUCCACACGGAUAGAUCACAGGCGACUCAAUCUCGACUUUGGGGUGCAACGGGAGAAGAAUUCCGACGUGAGAUGAAUGGAGACGACGAGAAGGAGCUCGAAUUUGUUGAUUCGGUUCUAAACAAGGAAGAAUUUGCUGCGGAGAUUGCGGAAUGGGAGCUGGGAAUAAGGAGCCACUUGCUCUGGGUGGAGUGGAGGAAGGCCUUCCCGCUGGCGAUGGUUGACAUUGGUAAGAAAAACGGAUAUCUGGUUGAGUCCUCGCGUUGA